AAAGUGUGUGUGUGUGUCUGUGUUUAUAUAUAUAAACAGUUCCGCCUUGUCCCUAUAUAAAAGCCAUUUAAGCAAGCACAUUGUCAUCACUAUAUAUCCCACUCAUCUAUAAUCUCUGAAAUCUCUGACUUUAAAAUGAGUAGCCGCAGCCUCACAAGUUUAAUCCUCAGUUUCACCAGCGUCAUCAUCUUCUUGUUCUUCGUCGUUCCUUCUAAUGCAACUCAAACCCAUGAACCAGUUUCAGAGAUUCUCAGAAGCCACCAUUUUUUCCUGCACAAAGCUUCUGAAUUGAAAUCCCAAUUGCAAAAAUUCCAAGAAACCCAAUUCCACCCAUCAACCCAUUUAAUCGUAGCAGGAAUUCUCUCCUUCAUAGCUUCCUCCAUCUCCAGUGCUGGUGGAAUAGGAGGAGGUGGGAUCUUCAUACCAAUACUCACCAUUAUCGCUGGCUUAGACCUCAAAACAGCUUCGAGUCUGUCGGCUUUCAUGGUCACAGGGGGUUCUGCUGCGAACGUUUUGUGCAAUCUGUGUCCUAUAUUUGGUGGGAAGACAUUGACUGACUAUGACAUAGCUCUUUUAUCAGAACCUUGUAUGCUGCUAGGAGUGAGUGUUGGGGUUAUCUGCAACCUCGUUUUCCCCGAGUGGCUGAUAACCAUUCUGUUUGCUGUUUUUCUGGCUUGGUCUACGGCCAAGACUUGCAGAAGUGGGGUUAUGUUUUGGAAGACUGAAUCAGAAGAGAUUAGCAGGAAGAAUAUCGUUGGGUUCGGGGAAGUCGAUGAGAAAGGGACGGUACAAGAAAAUAAUGGAGAUUUGAAGAGUUUUAAAGAGCCUCUUCUGGGUUAUCGUCAUCAAGAGAAUUCCAGAUUGGAGCUUCCUUGGCUCAAACUAGGACUUCUCCUUUUGAUCUGGCUUUCUUUCUUCUUCCUCUAUCUUCUUCGCGGCAAUAAGUACGGACAGAGUAUAAUUCCAAUGGAGCCAUGUGGUGUGGUAUAUUGGAUUAUCUCAUCAGUUCAAGUACCUCUUGCUGUAAUUUUCACUUAUUGGAUUGUGUCCAGAAAAGAAAGCCAUCAAGAUCAACAUCUAAUAAGCCAGGGCCAGGAUUUGACUGUAAAUGGACCAUCUGAUAAGCUUAUCUUCCCAUUAAUGGCACUACUAGCGGGUGUUCUGGGUGGUGUCUUUGGAAUUGGAGGUGGAAUGCUAAUAAGCCCCCUUCUUCUUCAAGUUGGAAUAGCACCUGAGGUGACAGCAGCAACCUGUUCUUUCAUGGUUUUCUUCUCUUCUACAAUGUCGGCAUCGCAGUACCUGUUGUUAGGCAUGGAACACACAGAGACGGCACUAGUAUUAGCGAUUAUAUGUUUUGUGGCAUCAAUGCUUGGGUUACUGGUGGUGCAGAGAGCAGUUCACAAGUACGGAAGAGCAUCCUUGAUAGUUUUCUCAGUUGCUAUAGUUAUGGCUUUAAGCAUUGUUCUAAUGACCACCUUUGGAGCCAUUGAUGUUUGGAGGGACUAUAAAUCUGGAAGAUACAUGGGAUUCAAACUGCCCUGUUAGGAGUUUACGCUACUAUGUUUAGUUCAGUUUUGUCAUAGCCUGCUAGACU